AUGUCUUCCCUGAGCAAACACACCAUUAUACUUCCUUACACCACUGCUACCCCCGCGGGGCUGAAGCUGGUCGGGAACCGUUACGUUCCUGCGAUAUCCGCCAGAGAUGGUCUCACUUUGCUCUUCACUCACUGCACCGGAGCGCACAAGGAACUAUGGGAGCCUGUCAUCGAGCAUCUGUUCAAAUCAAGCGACAUAGCCUCAGUGAUUCGGGAGGCGUGGUCAGUUGACUGGCAGAGUCACGGAGAGGCUGCUGUUUUUAAUGAACAAGCUACUGAAGUCGGGCCUCUCACAGCCGUCACCGAGUACGGUACCGGCCUGCGAGCCUUGCUAGCUUCGGAGCACCUUCAGGGCCACCAAGUCAUCGGCAUAGGACACUCGGCGGGGGCCACUGCCAUAUUGUUGUCCACUCUAGGUGUUUCCGUUGAGAAGAUAGCAUACAAAUCUAUAACUCUCGUUGAGCCGGCUUUGUCUACGCGGGCCGAAUACGAGCAGUACCGCGAAGGGCGCGUUGCCUCUCUUGAUGCUACGCAGAAGGCCAUCGACUCGAGACGCGACAUAUGGCAAGACCGCAACGAAGCUAUACAGCAUUUCAAGAAGCGCAUUCCCUAUAAGAAUUGGGAUCCGAGAAUCCUAUCGCUCUUUGCGGUAAGCAGCCUUAUGGCUAAAAUCUCGUAUAUGGUCGACGAGAAUGAAGGCCGCAUCAUCGGCAAAGUCACACUGAAGUGCACCAAGAUACAGGAGAAGAAGAGUUUCGAAGACAAUGAACCUCACUUCACAGCCGUAAACAGGCUAAGCACACUCGAUGCAUCAUUUCCUGUUCAUUGCAUUUUUGGUGAAAGAACCGAUAUAGUCCCGAGGCAUGCUCAUGACUCAAUUCUGGAGGUGCGCAAGAUGGCGUCGAUCCAAUUCGUCAAACGUGCAGGCCAUUUCGUACUACAAGAUAACCCAGAUGGGUCGCUGUAUGUAUAG